UAUCUAUAGACAGGCCUGCCAAGCUAAGACAAGGUUGUUUUGUGCUUUACACCACAAACCAAGACUCCCUCUGCAACUAAAACCAAAAGCUUGAUCCUUAGCUUAUCUCUCUCUCUCUCUCUCUCUCUUUCUCGAACCCACUGCUAAAUUCUGGGAGGAUAAAUUUGUUGAGGACUGAGAGAGAGAGAGAGAGAGAGAGAGAGAGUGAUCGAGUCGAGUAUCGAAAUGAACGGUGGUGGUGCGUGUGGCGCAAUGGAGACGCCCUACAUAGGGAUGCACCACAGGCACGAGCCCAGGGAGAACCAGUGCACCUCAGUGCUCGUCAAGCGCAUCAAAGCGCCCGUUCACCUCGUGUGGUCCCUAGUGAGGAGAUUUGAUCAGCCCCAGAAGUACAAGCCCUUUGUUAGCAGGUGCGAGGUGAAGGGAGACUUUGCUAUUGGCAGCGUCAGAGAAGUAAAUGUUAAAUCUGGGCUUCCUGCCACGACAAGCACUGAGAGGUUGGAACUUCUUGAUGAUGAGGAGCACAUUCUUGGCAUCAGAAUUGUUGGUGGCGAUCACAGGCUCAGGAACUACUCAUCAGUCAUUACAGUUCAUCCAGAGGUUAUUGAUGGAAGGCCAGGGACACUGGUAAUUGAGUCAUUUAUGGUGGAUGUGCCUGAUGGGAACACUAAGGAUGAGACGUGUUACUUUGUCGAGGCUUUAAUCAUGUGCAAUCUCAAAUCCUUGGCUGAUGUCUCAGAGAGGAUGGCUAUUCAGGACCGAACUGAACCUAUCAACUAUUAGUGCAUCUGAGGAUGGGGCAGAUGUGUAUGACUACUUUUACACCGUUGGAGGGUUUUGAUACUGAUGCUGUCUAGAGAUUGGCAGGAGCUAUCCUUCCAUUUUCUCAGAAGUUUUGGAUUCAGUGCUGGCUGUUGCUUUUCCAUCUCACGGGCCAUCUAAGUCUCUUUUCCUUCUGCUUUUUCUUGUUUGUAUGUUGAAUUUCUCCUCUUCCAAUGUCCAAAGAAUCAAAGAUGAGGACCAUAUGCUGUUGCUAGGUCUCAGUGGAUGGAUGUAGGAAACUUUCUUUUUGCUGUUAUAUUUAUUGGGUUUUUUGCAUGGUGGUACUUGAUUAUUACUAUGGUUAUCUAUACCCAGUAAUAUAAGAAAGUGGUGCAGCGGACCUGGGUUUUUAUCUUCUUGUACUUACAGUGUCUAGGUAAAGGGAGGAUUGAGGAGAGAACCUUGUGUAGCACUUUUUCGUUUGUGCUGUAUAUGCUUUGUAUUUGUAAUAGAUUAUCGUAAAUUUCAUUGAUGCUGUAUUUCAGUGUUUGUAGAUGGAAA